AUGGGGCCCGAGAUACAGAGUGAAUGCAGAGACAAUGGAGGUGAAGCGGGAGGUCCAUUCAGGUCGGCUCAAAGGCCUUUCACCACCGCGCUGGAGAUGAAAGAUGAUGUCAGGAAGACAGAACUAGAGAUCAGAUCUCAGUCUGAGUACUCUAAUCUGGACUCUAAUCUAGACUCUAAUCCGGACUCUAAUCUAGACUCUAAUCUGGACUCUAUCCUGGACGCUAACCCAGACUCUAAUCUGGACUCUAAUCUAGACUCUAAUCCGGACUCUAAUCUAGACUCUAAUCUGGACUCUAACCUGGACUCUAACCUGGACUCUAACCUGGACUCUAAUCUAGACUCUAAUCUGGACUCUAACCUGGACUCUAACCUGGACUCUAAUCUAGACUCUAAUCUGGACUCUAACCUGGACUCUAACCUGGACUCUAAUCUAAACUAUAACCUGGAAACUAAUCUAAACUAUAACCUGGACUCUAACCUGGACUCUAAUCUAGACUCUAAUCCGGACUCUAUCCUGGAGUCUAAUUCGGACUCUAUCCUGGAGUCUAACCCGGACUCUAACCUGGACUCUAACCUGGACGCUAACCCAGACUCUAAUCUGGACUCUAAUCUAGACUGUAAUCUAGACUGUAAUCUAGACUGUAAUCUGGACUCUAAUCUGGACUCUAAUCUAGACUGUAAUCUAGACUCUAUCCUGGAGUCUAAUUCAGACUCUAUCCUGGACUCUAAUCCGGACUCUAACCUGGACUCUAAUCUAGACUCUAAUCUAGACUCUAAUCUAGACUCUAAUCUGGACGCUAACCUGGACGCUAACCCAGACUCUAUCCUGGACUCUAAUCCGGACUCUAAUCUAGACUCUAAUCUGGACUCUAACCUGGACUCUAAUCUAGAAUCAUGA